AUGAUAAAAGAACAUUUACAAAUUAAAGUUGCUAAUAGAAUAAUUUUGCAAUUUAUGUACUUAAUGAAGUAUUAAAAACAAAAUUAAUUGGAAUAUUAAUCUGUAAUGCUGGAGUUAGAAUUUCAAAAAUGA